GAAGAAUCGUGCAUUGCGCGGGCUGCUUGUCGCGACAUUGCUAGAGUCCGGCUAGGACUCGACUAGCUGUAGAUCAGAGAUCUGACACUGGACAUUGCACCAAUGCGGCCACCAAUGCAGAAAUCAAAUCAAACUGCCAGAGCUUUCGUAGGUUUAUAAGCGUAUCUGCAUUUUCCGUAUUCUUAUUCCAACACGCACGAUCUUCUCUUCCUUCCACAUCCUCCUGCGCCUCCAGCCUUUCUGCCCACGGAACAACAUCUUCGCAGCCACUUGUUAUCAUGGCUUCCACAAUCGCCGCUCGCGCCGCCACAUCUCUUCAGCUGGUUGCCCCUGCUCAAGUGGGCCAGCUGUCCUCUAACAGCAGCAUUGCCUCUGCCGCCCCGCUGCUGAGCGCCCGCCAGCGCUCCUGCGCAGCCGCCUCCACCAGUGGCUAUGCGCUGUUGACAGUGACCGCAAUUUUUGGCACCGGCAAGAGGGCAGCGGCCAAGGCAACCAGGUCCGUUAAGUCUGCUGCCAAGGGGGCAGCCAAGCUCACCAAGGGAGGGAAUGUGGAGAGCGGCAUUUUCGGCACCUCUGGUUCCACUGGCUUCACCAAGGAGAAUGAGGUCUUUGUGGGCAGGGUGGCCAUGCUCGGCUUUGCGGCGUCCUUGGUUGGGGAGCUGGUGACUGGGCAAGGAAUUCUGAACCAGCUCGGCUACGAAACUGGGAUCCCCCUUAACGAGAUUGACCCCCUCAUCGGCUUCUUCCUGCUCUUCAACGUCUUCAUUGCCAUCGGGGCUCUAGGAGACCGCGGCCGUUUCAUCGACGAGACGAAGCCCGCCCUGGCCAAGGCGGUCAUCCAGCCCGGCAAGGGCUUCAAGGCGGCGCUGGGCCUGAACGAGAAGGGGCCCGUCUUCGGCUUCACCAAGGCAAACGAGCUCUUCGUCGGCAGGAUGGCACAGCUCGGCUUCGUGGCCUCGCUCCUGGGUGAGCUGCUGACGGGCAAAGGUGCGUUGGCGCAACUGAACAUCGAGACUGGCAUCCCGCUGAGCGAGAUCGACCCUAUUUUGGGCUUCUUCAUCGUGGCCCUCGGCGUGGCCGCGAUCUCGCCCGCCUCUGGCAAGUUCAUCACCGACGACGACCUUGAGUAGAAGAGCUACAACGGCAGUUUUGGGCGAGUAGCGUGUUUGAGAUUUAGUUUGACAGGGGGCUUUGUAGGUAGUAAUGCUCGUGCGUUGAUUUGAUUUGGAUUUGGAUUUGGAUUUCGUAACUGCACAAGCCGUGCCCAGUUGCCACGCGGGCGGCUGAGAUCAGGCUAGAUGCCGUACACGCGUAGCCAAGAUAAGCUCGAAGAAACUAGAGAGCGCUGACAUUGUUUGAACGUUGGACUGUGUUGCCAGCGAAAGGAUUCUGAAAAUCAUAGGUAGUUGUACCAGGUUGUGCGCCACGAAGGAGUCAUAGUUAUUAUGAUCGAAAUACUGAUAAAUUGGCGAACCGUUCUGUUGAACAGAGCACGAUUAAAGAAGAGGGAGAUAUUCCACAUUCCAAAGACUUGUCCCGAAACCACUGGCACAGCUGUACGUAAUGAGAAUUUGCUGCAAAGCGUCCAACCACUGAAAUGACGUUUUCCAAAA